GCUCAAUGAAGCAGUUCGAAAAUUUCAGAUUCGCUCCACGGGGGUGGUCAAGGUUGGCAAUUCAGGGUGGAGAUGGCAGUUGAGGCCAAUGCUCCUCCUGGAGGGCCAACUCCAGCUCCGGGAACCGUGAGAGUUGCCAAUCGUGGUGGUCUUGCCGAUCUUGUGGCCGAUGCCGAGCUGGAGAAGGCCGCGGGGGGAGUGCUCUCGCCUGGCCAAGCACCUCCACCAGUCUCUGGCAAGAUGUUGCGGGUGGAGGUCCGUGGAUUGCUUCAUGAUUGGUUCGAUGUUGCAGACAUGGGUGACUUCAUACGCUCUCCGCAGUUUGCCGGGACCUUGCGUGAAAACGUCGCCAGAUACUUUGGCGUCCCAAUUGAGCGUCAGGCAAUAUAUGAUGAGGAUGGCUUGCUGACCAGCUGUGCGGACUACAGUCGGGCCUUGCAGCGGUUUUACCCCAAGCUCUUCAUUUACGACCUCGAGGAGAUGGGUCCUGAUCUUCGGGCACGAGCAGUUGAAGAGCUGCGUCAGCUUGAUGCUGAUGUCGAGCAGUCGUACCGACAGUUUGGCGCCGGGCGUGACAGCCGAGGCAUCUCGCCUUGCCCCAGUGUUAGCCAGGGUCAGGAGAAAUCCGAAGCUCUGCACGGCGGAACGCCUGCAUUUGCUCCGGGUCCAAGUGGUCCAAGUCCUUGCGAAGCCCGUGCCGUCGGCAGUGCUGGCACCGUCGGCACUGUCGAGCUGGACCGCUUCGACCGCUUGGACGCUUGCAGAGGCCUCGGCGUCCAGGGCGUCCAGGGCGGAGUUCAAGGCGUCAUGGCCAAAGAGCCCUUUGUGGAGCGUUCAACCCUGCCGGUCAGGAGUGACGCUCCUACAGUUUCUCCAAGGACAGUGGCAUCUCAAGUUCGCCCGCUUACAAGGAAUUCCAUGGAGGUGUUGCAUCGACGAGAAAACAUGGCCUUGACACCGAGGAGUGCGGUGGAUGUAACUCCUCAAUCCUUGACACCAAGGGAGAUGGCUCCACAGGUCUUGACGCCAAGGAGUGCUGUGGAGGUUGUGCCACAGACCUUCAUCCCAAGAGAGUUACCUCAAGCCUUGACACCAAGGAGCAUGCUGGAAAUCACUCCACAGCCCUUGACGCCAAGGAUGUUCUCCUCCAACUCUCAGCCCAGGCCCAUUGACGUCGGGAACAUUUCGCCGAGGAUGCCAAUCAACGUGCAGCCAACCAGGCUCGAGCCAGGAAAUCCAAGGAUUGUUGGGACUGUGGGGCCGAGGGCGAGUGCCGCAUCCAUGCACCAAGCAUGGCUUGUGAGUCCCAGUUCGCCUGGGCAAGUGACGCCUGUGCCACCACAGCAUGUGGCUCCCGCUGCGAGUCCUGUGGUGAGUGUCCGGUCACAGACCCCUCCACCAUGCGCACCAUGCGCAGCAUGCGCAGCAUGCGCAGCAUACGCACCAUGUCAAGUGCCAUGUCAAGUGCCAUUGCCGUGUCAAGCGCAUGGCUGCGGUGCGUGUGGCCGCAUCAGGAGAGUCUCGAACCCAUCAACCACCGGUGCCUGUCCUGCCUGUCCUGCCUGUCCUGCCGGCCCGUCCGGCCCGUCUGGUCCAGGUGUUGUGAGUUCCGUCAGCGCAGUAAGCUCGGGUUCUAUGCCUAGACUUCAGCUUGGUCUGGGGGGACUUCCUCCACCCCCCGGGAUCUCGUUGUCUUUAAAGCCUGACUUGCCUCAAUUGAAGCAGUUGGGGAAUCCAAUCCCGCCAGUGUCACCGCGGGUGCUUCAGUUUCCAAAUUGACAUUUAAAUACAUUUGAAC